UAUGAAUGACAGCGCCGGACGGAAGCAGUUCAGGCCAAAGUUCAGGCUCUUGUUUCUUUCCUUGCUCCGUUAUCGACGCAGUUCGUCCAUCAAGGCGCCUGGUAGUGAUCGGCGCUCCUCUUUUUCCUGACGCUAUCGACAACGUUGUUCUCCAGCCAGCUGCAAGGCUUCUACCCCACCCCACCACCACCUCGACCUGUCUUCCCUGUGCUACCCACGUUCGUCACAUCCCUGAAGGGCCUCUCGAGGACAACUUGAAUCCAUUCUGUUGACUGGUACAACAUCAUCAUGCCUCUUCCAAGUGGCACGUCGUUGUCUCUGCAAGGGCAUUCUCGCCCUGGAGAUACUAUCCAGACUAAGCCCAAGCACGCCAUGAUAGUCCGGAUGUCGGCUGAGACAUUAGAAGCUCUCGAGGACUUGUCGAGUGUCCCUGCAAUGAAUUUCGAGUUUGGCGAUGAACCAGGCAUUUACAUUGGGGAGACAUUCUUUCCAAUGCGUCCUCUGAAGGAGAGUUCUCCGCACGAGAUAUAUCUCAGGACGUCCUCUGUGGCCAAACCAAAUGCCCCGUUGAAGCUUUACGCCAAUGUGAUGGGCAAAUUCAUCGUCGACAGACAACUUGGUGAGAAAGUCACAGAUAAAGUCCGGCAGCAAACCAUCGAGGCGAAGAAACAACACUCUGAGCGCCAAACCAUCAUGCUCGACGCCCCACUCUUACCUGCGGGAGGCGCCAAGAACUUGAAGCGGAAAGCACCGGGUUCAGGAACUGUAGUAAAGAAAACCAUACAGCGCGACACCCUUCGUGCACCUUCUGCAUCCACAGUCACUGCACGCAAGAUUUCGCCAAUACCACAGACCGCUUCGUCAAAGGCGAAUGCGGAUGUUCGCAGGCGUCUUAUACACUUCCUUGCAGUCGAGCCUCGUGAAACAGAUCUGGCGGUAGCCAGGGUUUGCGGGAAUAACUGCGACGCCACUGCAAGGGCCAAUCUACUUAGCAUCUUAGAAGAGGUUGCUGAACAAAUCCUAGCCCGUAAAGGAGACAAGUCUCCUCGGAAAUGGUCUCUCAAAAAUCGUACAUGGGUUGAAGUGCGUCCAUACGAAUGGGAGAUGUACAAACCAACAGAGCGGACCAAUAUCGCUCGACAAGGCAGAGUCGUGCUCAGCGCCCUCAAAAUACCCGAGUCUGAACCUGUGUGGGAUCAUUUUCGCUUUCGAAAUCUUGCACCUCCUACCGGAGCUGCUCCUCAUCCUACCCACGGGGGUAAGACCAUCACCGGCCCACCUGUGGGUGCUCCUCAGCCGAAGCCUGAGCCAAAACGGCCUGCUGUAUCCAAAGAUUUGAAGCAGAAAGCAAAGGCAGAUUCUUCUCGAAUAAAGGGCGACAUACAAAUGAAAGACGAGUCCGUUAAGCUUCCUAGAGUGGCGGCCAUUAAGCGUGAAGAAGCCAGUCCAUCGCCCAGUUCCAGCACUAGCACCAGCUCGAAGGCGGCAUCCAGACGAGUACCGGGUUCGGGAUAUGUUGCAAAGAAGUCCCCUCAGCCUUCUCCUACCGUCGAGGUCGCACCUCGCGAAGCUGUAGUGCCAGCCGAACCUCGUCCUCAGCGACCGCUACCCCGACCCUUACCUGCAAAACCUGCACCAGCACUCCCGCCGCCACGUGCAAGUCAGGAGAAGACGCCUGCCACUGCCAUGUCGAUGAAGAUGACGAAGAAGACACUUCCACCCGAGGACUCCGAUAGAGAACGCGAGAGACCUAGAGAUAAAGACAGACCGCCCAAGGAUAGAGUCGUUGCUGGCGUAAAGCGGAAGAGCGCCACCCAUGAUGUAGAAGAUACACAGGACGAAGAGAGACUCAAGGUAAAUUCAUUCAAGAAGCGCAAAACGGAAGACGGCCCAUCACCUGUUGCAUCUUCGUCUUCAUUAAAAGUUCGAGACUUGUCUCUUCCGAAGAAGCCGGUCGAGCGCGUAUCUCCUGUACCACCCCCACCUCCACCGACGAAGAAGCAGGUCGAACGCGUAUCUCCUAUACCACCCCUACCGCCGAAGAUUAAGAAAGAAUCUUCUCCAUUUCCACCUCCACCGAAGAAGAUCAAGAAAGAACCUUCUCCACUUCCACCGUCUCGCCCCACCUUACCGACGCAGGCACCACCCUCAAACUCGCCUUCCAAAGUAGAUCAACGAACGAAACUCAAUGGAGUGUCGAAAGCCAGACGAAAGUCGCCAAUAUAUACAUCCUCGGAUGAAGGAGAGAUACCAGAGCCGCCACUGAAGUCCGCCCAGGAUCCUUCCACGAAUACUGAUCGUUCAAAGGGCAAGGAUGGACGUGCCCGCCCUCGAUCUUCAUACCCACUACCCCCUGAUCGUAACGGGCUACGUUCGCGAUACCAGUCCAAGUAUGGACAUUACUUGGACACAUAUUCCCAAAUAUUCACACAGAAGCGGAAGAUCGAGGCCAUCUUAAACGGAGAAUCGGAAGCGGAAGGAGAGAUUAUGGAUCCAGAGGAGCUGAAGAGGCUCAGUGCCGAGCACAAGAUUCAGAAAGAGGAAUUGGAGAUCAUCCAAGAGAAAUGGAUGAACGGGUCUGUAUCGGAAUGAUCUGAACAUCACAGUUGACUUGCACGUAAACUUCUACUGCACUUAAGGCGGACAUGACCCACUUAUCAAGACUAUCUACACCGUAUUUUUGUUCUUGUACAUCGCUGUCGCAUCUUUUUCGUUCAUCAAUUACAGCUAUGGAAGCUAUGCAUGUAUACACUGAUACAUAGACUAAUUACGACUGUUGCAUAAU